ACGAGUUAAACGUUUGCUCGGGUCCGGCUGCCGGACGGAUCAACAAUUCGCUUUUGACUACCAGACUUGACAUCAACGCUCGGCUAAAUUUAAAUCAACUCAGCAACCACCGAACUGGAAGACAGAAUCUCGCGCGAUCAACCGGAAGAACCUCCUGUUAUAUGACAUAUCCCUUUAAUGAAUGAGGAUUGAAAUAUAUUUCAUAAGAUUUGUUUGAAACUGUUGAUAACAAUCUUCACAGGUCAUACGGUUUAUGACUGAUAUCGUCUUACAGACUGCAUAAGUUGUUCGAAACCAGUCCGUCAUUUUGUAAUAAGACACUUUUAUUCAAAAGCACAAUAGCCUUAACAAUUCAAAGCCGAUUUUACAAAUCAAUAGAAAAGCCGUACACAGGUACACAUAUUAAAAAGAUUUAAAGCGCUUUCUUAAGUAGCAUAUCUAAAUUUUGUAACGUUGUUGGUGAGUUUGGUUUAAUUUUAUUUCUCGGAUGUGAUAGCAUAUGUCUAAGGUAUUUUAAUGUUUAUACAUCUACACCAAUAUCGAUAAUAAUUAAAUACAACUAGUUUAACAUUUUACAUUAACUCUGUUUAUCCAUAAUGUACAUCGAUACAUGCUAACAUGGGACGACACAUUCCGCACAUGCAUUAAGGUCCGUUUUCCAAGAACGAGGAUCCAAUUAUAUUCUUCGUUUGUUUUAAUUGCAGACAUGGGUUUCGACACCGAUCGUUUUCUGACUGCCGUCAAUGACGACCUGACGUGCUGUAUUUGUCGUGACGUUCUCGAGGAUCCCGUGCAGUCACCAUGUGAGCACGCCUUCUGUCGCUCCUGCAUCAUGGCGUGGCUUGUCCACGAAACCAUCUGUCCGGAAGAUAGACUGCCACUCUCACGUGCAUCGCUGCGGUCGCUUUCGCGCUACAUGCAGAACGACUUAAAUCGUCUGCAGAUUCGGUGCUGUAAUCAGCCGUAUGGGUGCGACCACGUGACCGAUCUGGAGUUCAUAAGUAGUCACGAGCGUUCGUGUGAGUUCCAGUGCCUUAAAUGUCCCAAUGAACAGUGCGCUUAUUUUGCGUCAAGAGCCGACGUUGAGCGGCAUAAGCGUUCAUGCGAAAAGGGCAAAAAGCAAUGCGAACAAGGUUGUGGAUUUCUAAUAAAUACGUCUUAUGACCCAGAGCACAACUGCGUACAAGAACUGCGAAUAGCGUUAGAAAUUCUUCGUUCAGAAAUCACAUUUAAGUAUGAAGAGCAGAAGAAAGAUUUUGACCUUCGAUUGGAUUUGCAAAGGAAUCACAUGAUCCAGAAACUUGACGCACUACAAAUUCAGGUCGACGAUUUAACCGCGGAAAACUCUCGUAUGUCAUCGAGAAUUAUGGACAUGGAGUUGCAACACCGCCAAAACAUUGAACGCUUAGAACACGAACACCGGAAAGUAACAGCGCAUACGACUGGUUCAGCGAGAUAUCGAUCGAUGUUUUCUUUCAAAGAUAAAUGGAAAGAAUCAACCGUCUGAAUAAUUUUGUUGAAGCAGCCUGUGAUUAAAACGAAAACGUAUUAUCCUGACAUAUAAGAUGCCAGUCACCCAAACCAAUUUCUUGUAAAUGUAAUCUGACAGUAGUUAUGGCACCAUGCAAAAUGCGUUAUCUAAGACGUUUAACCGAUUCCAUCAAGGCAAUAAUUCAAAAUAAAGCAAAAUAAAAACAAUCAUGGGCACCCUACUGCGCAAAGUUAAGAAACAAAUAGUGUUUACGAAAAUAACUGCGAUUGAUUAUACAAACUUAUACCAAAAAAAUCAUGUUUUCACUAAGUGCCGUGAUACAGAAAUGUGAAAAGUAAAUGUAAGUGGAAGGCAUUCAAACAUAAGUUUGAAAUGUGCGUUGUUUUCUUUUUGUUGAUAUCGAUUUAUGUUUUUUGUUGAUGAUGAUAGUUUUGUUACAGAAACAUUUGCUAUUUCGGAAAUUUUCAUGUUUAAUUAUUAGAUCAUGCUAUUGUGGUAAAUCAGAAGCUAUACAUUUUAGACGUCCGCAUUUUUUAAUUCAAUGUUAAGUCUCGUUGAUUAUUGAACGAAAAUUUAAAGUAGAAGUGUGUAGAGAUUCAUGCUAGAAAAUUAAGUAAGGGAAUAAAAGCAAUUUUGAAACUUUGACACUCGUUUUAAAA